GUUUAGAUGAUGUCAUGGAGGUUGCGACAGUUGUCUGUUCUUUUCGUUUUUAAAAAAAGAUCAUUAUUCAUUUAAUUUAUUUAGAUUACAUACUGUAUACAAUGAGUAUACUGUAUGUCAUUUGACCAUCAAGACCAACUCUUUGAAUGUUUAGUAUCCGGAGUCUUGUGUCGCUGAGUUUGCCUGUCAAUGGAAAGUGAAAAACACACCGAGUGGAGUUCGGCUUUAGAUGAAGACUUAAUUCAGGAUCCCGUUUCUGCUGUGAUUCCUCCGGGUCCUUCUCCAUGGAGCCUAUCAUCCGGGCCCUGGUCCACUGAGAGCAGCGUCCCAGCAGUAUUAAAUCAAUAUGCUGAAGCGCAAAAUUACAGCAGUUUUAUCCCCAGCAAUGAAACACAAAGCCAAACCGUACAGACGGAGGACUGGAAUGAGGAAAAAUCUACAAACACAAAUGAGGACUGGGAAUCAGACAUGUCAUCACGAAUCAGCUCCCUUAAGGAUGUCAUGCAUCAUAUUGUUUCAAAGACUGACAAAACAUUCAAAUUAGAGGUGAAGUAUAUCAAUGCAGUGAAAGGGCAUGGUCUAUUUGCAAAGGGUUCCAUUUGCAAAGGUGAAUUUGUUGUUGAAUAUAGGGGAGAUAUAAUAAAUGAUGCAGAGUUGCAGAGCAGAAGAAAACGUUACCACACAUCCAGUGCUGCAUUUAUAUUUGAGUUUAAGUGGAGAGGGAAAACAUGGAGUAUUGAUGCCUCUAGAGAAGAUGGAUCGUUUGGGCGGAUAGUUAAUGAUGACCACAAACAUCCAAACUGUGAGAUGAAGAAAAUUGAUGUGAAUGGAAAGAUACACCUUUGUUUGUUUGCCCUGAAUGACAUUAAAGAAGGAGAAGAAAUUACAUAUGAUUAUGGAGGAGAAGACUACCCAUGGAGAACACAAACGACCAGCAUUGCUGCUAAUACCAAGGCAGAAGGUGACUCUGAUCCUUCCCCCAGGUCACAGACUCGGAUCAGUGAUGCUACUGGUCAAAAUAACUCUCCUCAACAAAUUGUGACACAGCUCCAAAAUGAAAAUGAGAUUUUUGUACCAAGACUGAGACAGACUAAAAGUAUAAUAAUGAAAGACAAAGAUCUUGAAGAUUCUGUUGAACUUUUUGAUUCUACACCAGAGAGUUCAGAUGAUUACUUUACAGACACCACUUCUGAAAGUGACUUUGACAGUGAUGCUAAUCUUAUACCAAACCAGACAAAACUUCAGCUUCUUUAUGAUGAACUGGAUGUUGAUGAUUCUGGCUCACUGAGUUCCCUUGACUGUGACACAGCAACACCAGAAAAAAGGCACAGCCUUGCAUCUGAAGCAUCUGGAACAGAAGAACCAUGUUCAAGUCAGAAUGCAAUAGAUGGCGUAGUUGUUAGCGCUUACCAAAAAAGAGGUGUUAGUAGAGUGUACAACAAGAGACAUUACUGCUUGUAUUGCUGUAAGCCUUAUGCUAAGAUGGCAAGGCAUCUAGAAAGUUCACAUGCAAAUGAAUCCGAUGUGGCUAAAGCGCUAAGCUUUCCAAAGAGUUCCAAGGAGAGAAAAAAACAGCUAGAUUAUAUUCGCAACAGAGGAAACUAUGUUCACAAUGCUGCUGUUAUGGAAUCAGGAAAGGGGGAACUAGUGCCAUAUAAACGGCCAUCCAAAGAAGCGCAGGGAAAAGAUUUCAUGCAUUGUGCAUACUGUCAAGGACUUUUUGCAAGAAAGGUCCUGUGGCGACAUAUGCGCACUUGUAUACUUCAACCUCAAUCGGUCCCCCUCAAACCAGGAAAAAAACGUGUUCAGUCGAUGUGUAUAUACACAGGGCCUGUGCCUUCAAACAUGACUAAACAACUAUGGGAAGUAAUUAGUGGCAUGAAUCUUGACCCAAUCACAGAUAUAAUAAAAAAAGACAAAGUAAUUAUUGAUAUUGGUCAGCAUUUGUUAAACAUAGGUGGGCUAUCAGCCAAGAAUAAACGGUGUGUGCGAGACAAGAUGCGAGAAUUGGGAAGGUUGGUUCACAAUGCUAGGAGAGUCACCUCCUUAAAAACAAUGGAAGAUUGUGUGAAUCCAAAGAAGUACAUGGAGACUGUCAAAGCUGUCAAGUAUACAUGUGGGUAUGAAUCUGACAAGUUUAUGAUUCCAUCACUUGCAAAGAAGCUUGGGAAUUCUCUGCUUCAAGUAAGCAAACUCUUAAAAGCUCAGGGCUUAUUGUCAAAUGACAAACAGCGAGCGAAGAAUGCCAGUGAGUUUCAAGACGUCCAUCAGGAAAAGUGGAACGAAAUGAUCUUAGACACAGCAUUGAGGAAUAUUAGGGAAGCAAAGUGGAAUGUGCCCGCUCUCAUGCCCUUUACUGAAGAUGUCCAAAAAAUGCACACAUAUCUCUGUCAAGUGCAAGAUGAGUGGUACAAAUCACUCUCUGAAAGUUCCUCUACUAAAGCCUGGAUGGCGCUGGCAAAGGUUUGUCUAGCCCAGAUAAUUCUCUUUAACCGGCGCAGGGGAGGAGAGGUGGCGAGCAUGCCAUUGUCUGAGUUUUUUUCAAGAGACACUUCUGAUCCACAUGACGGUGUGGACUGGGCACUGUCCGAAGUAGAAAAAAAACUCUGCAGACACUUCUCAAGGAUUAUCACCAUGGGAAAGUGUGGUCAACCAGUUCCAAUUCUUCUGACUCCAAAAAUGCUGUGUUCCUUAGAACUCCUUGUUAAGCAGAGAGAGCCUUGUGGGGUUCUAAAAGACAAUGGUUACAUGUUUGCAAGACCAGAAGCCAUGACACAUUUCCGAGGGUCAGACUGCCUCCGUGGCUUUGCAAAAGCAUGUGGUGCAAAGUGUCCCAAAUCACUGACAUCUACCAGACUGCGAAAGCAUGCUGCAGUCCUUUCAACAGUGCUGAAUAUGACAGAAACGGAGAUGGACCAGCUUGCAAACUUUCUUGGACAUGAUAUAAAAAUUCAUCGUGAAUUCUGCCGACUCCCUGAGAAGACCCUGCAACUCGCCAAGAUCUGCAAAGUUCUAAUGGCUCUCGAACAAGGAAGAUUAGCUGUGUUCCAUGGCAAGAACUUGGAUGAAAUUGUGAUUGAUCCUGAUGAAAAAGUUCUGGAAAGUGAUGAAGACCGGAUAAUACAAGAGGGACACUGUUCAUCUACUGUUUAUGAACCAAUAGCAGAGGAGGCACUUCCUCCUGCCGAGAGGAAUGACAUGCCACCACCACCCAAAAGACAAAAACCACCAUCCCCAUCACCACCUUCAGGACCCAGUGCUGUGAGGCCUUGUUUUCAAGGUCAAACUACCCAUAAGAAAAAUCCCUGGCAGCAGACAGAGGUGCAGGCGGUGGAAAGGCACAUGAUGCGAUUCAUCACAUCUUUUACUGUACCAGGAAAGAGUGACUGUGAGAAGUGUUUAAAGGCUGAACCAGGAGCUCUAAAGAACCGGGACUGGAAGAAUGUGAAAUUCUUCAUAUAUAACCGUAUUACAGCCUAUAAAAAGAGUUUGCAGUGCACAUAAUAUGAAGAUUACCAACUCUCUGGUAUGGCAGUUUUUGUUUACAAUAGCCUUUUUUCUCUCUUCCAUUGAAUUUUGAGGUAGGUAUCCAAAGAGGUCAAAACUCCAGCAUAAAUAUAUACUGCCCUACAAAGGCAAAGUGCAGUAACUACGCAAACACUGAAACUGAGAAAAAUGCCUUUAAAGUUUUUACAUCAGCCAGUCAAACAUAUUGUGGGUAGAUUAGUGGCAAUGCAUUCUUUUAAAGCCUUAGGAUGAAAUUUUUUAUAGAUAAAAACCAUGACCACUGAUGUGAGCUUUGACCACCAAAAUGCAGAUACUGCACUCUGCCUUUGGAUGACCUUAAACAACUACACCACUAUUGCAAAAGCAAAGUGCAGUGCCUACAAACUAAAUCGGAUACAAAACUAGUUUGUUGUGUUUCUUGCUACAUGUUGAUUGUUUUUAAUAACUUUAAUAGUUUUAUUGAUGUUUGCAUGUUGUGAAUGUUAAAAUUACUCAGUAGUAAGCCUCAAGAUCGUCUUAUCGCAAUGCUCCUUUCACCACAAAGAGUGUUUUGCUCUUUUUUUUUUAUUUAAGAAGUAAUUAAUUACAGACCAAGUAGUUAAAACAGUAGUUAAAAAUUCACACAAUUUAAACUUUUCCUAACAAUAUAACUAGGCAUGUCAUAAAGGAAAAUAAGGGUUAAUUGUGAUUCUUUAUAGGAAAAUAAGGGACAGAAUAAGGGAUGCUCAAAAUAUUUGUACUGUACCACAUCCUGUGCAUCAUCUCCAUGUCUGCAGUUAAGUAUAUAAAAGGUGUAUAAAAGGUUCUCAGAAAAAAUCUCAUUUGUUUGCUUAACGUAUUUAUGUACAAUUAUUCUAAAAGGAAUUUUACACACAAACCACUGGCCUGUGAAAUUGUGAAAGAAGUCAUCCCUCAGGUAGAUUGUAUGUUUUCUUGCCUAGCUGCGUGCGCGUGCCCAAUGGCAGGUAAGGGGACGCCCCUUAACCAAGCGUAUAUAGCCCCUGCACGCGAUACCUUUCCUCAGUGAGCAUAUUCACUUCUCGUGCAGCAAGUGGGGCAAACUUGGUGGAUCUCUCCACUCGAUGUUUUGGAGAACCAGGGUUACGAACCGUAACCUAUUGUUCUCUUUCAUCAUCUCGUGUUCGAGAUCCACCUAUGGGAGAUAUGGACAACUCCCCAGUUGUCCAGUAUACUCACAGCGAGGCCCUGUAAGCCAAAGGACGGUCACCUGGCAAGGCGGUGCUCGACACGUCACCAAGUACCUGACCCUACACAAAGUGAGAAUGCAAUACCGGCCAUGUAAGAAAUGACAUGUGGUAACAUGCAUACUAGACCUAACAACAUAAUGCCAAGGCAUAUAUUAUAGAAAUAUACAUAUGUAUAUAUUGACAUAUACAUACAUACAUAUACAAAUAUAAUAAUGUGUCAGGGGAGGGUACAGAUGACCUGCUUAAUGAGAUGAAUAAGCCGGGCUGGACAACCCAGGCUUAAAAAGGUGUAAAGGGUCUAAGGGCACAAGGCUACAAAGAGCCCACACCUAAAACAGAGUAAGCUACCGGGGUGCAGGUAACAUCAAGCCGGUAGUAUUUGACAAAUGUGUGUAGAGAGGCCCAGCUUGCAGCGGCACAAAUGUCCUGCAAGGAAACCCCUUUAAAUGGAGCUGGCAAGGCCACUAUGUCCCUAGUGAAUUGCACUCGAUGAGGCCCACAUGGCCGCACUCCAUUUGAUUCAUAUGCCAGAGAGAUGGCUUCCACGAACCAAUGAGAGAGGCAUUACUUAGAAAUGGAUUUUCCCCAUGUUCAGGGGGCCCAUUAGUUGAAGAGCAGAUCACUCCUCCUGAAAGGGCUGGUCCUGUCAGCUGGUCCCCGCAUUUAGCCUCUGAUCCUCCGCAGAGGAGGAUGAAAAGCAGAAGCUCAAACACUUUACACGUGAAAGCUGGGAAGCACUCUGGCAUAAAGGCCGGGUUAGGCCUUAGUUACUGCAAGAGAAUUAGUGCACGAGGGAUGAACAGAGAGCCCGUGCAAAUCACUGACAUGUUUGGCGGAAGCCAAGGCCAGGAGCAGAGCUGUCUUGAAAGACAGAUGCUUACAGGAGAUAUCUCCCUAAUUCGUUUAAAAUAUAAAGAUACUACUACUAAUAAUAAUUUCCAAUCAGUAGACCAUGUUCAAUUAAGCUAAUAGUAGGACACUCUUAAACUGGAAUUUACUAUUUGUGUAUUCAGUUGGGCUUAAAGCAAUUAUGGUAUUUUCAUGGAGUGUAGCAGCAGUAUCAUAGAAUUCAGAUUGUGUUAUUAGCGAAUUGUUAAUAGCAGUAUGCAUAGCAAAUCAAAUUAUGCGUUUAGUUGUGCUAGCAGUAGGUAGACCAUAGUUUAUAUUUACGUUUAUUCAUUUUGCAGAUGCUUUUAUCCAAAGCGACUUACAAUUGCUGAAGUUUCAGUGACUAAAAAUGGAUGGUAUGUGAACUCAAGCGAAUAGGCAUCAUUUGUGUUUGUUUAUUUAAAAGGGUCUUAUAGCAAUUCUAAGUACCUUUGUGCAGCUGUAGCAGCAGUAUGCAUAGUUAUUCAGAUCGCAGGUAGCGAAUUUAAUAGCAGCAGCACGCAUAGCAAAUUCAUAUGCAAUGUUAGAAAUAAUAUUAGC